GGAUGGAGGAAAGAGCCUUUUUAUUUCUGCGCCGUGCGUGAGCCGGGGGUUGGAACUUCAGUCGUCACAGUGCAACUGGAGGGUAUUGGCCUGCUUUCAGUGUUUUUUGUGUUAGUCGGCAAAGUCCGAGAGACAUUCACCCCGGAGCGGCAUUGUGCGUCGUGGCAGUGCCGUGGUGAGGCGCUUGUGUCCCCCAGGAACCAACUGUCAAAACACGGUCCAGCGACCCCGCGCCGCGGGCGGCUAACAAAUCCAACCACCUUUUUACCUAAAUAUAAAAAACUCACCACCGUUUCGGGACACAUAAAAGUUAGGUGGAAAUUGAGAUUGAGCCCUCAUUUUUUUCUCACUUGCUUCAGUCAAUAUUGGGUUCAGUUGUAUUGUUGUUGGAUUGUGAUUGGGUGGUUUUGAUCGACAGUUGGCGUUUAUUUAUCUACGUGUCGUCGAAGUACGCGGACGUUCACUUCACUGAUCGGAAAACAGCUACUCCAAUUUUGACUCGGAAUAUCUCGAAAAAGCUGUCUGCAAAUCUGCAGGAAAUUGGAAAAACAGGAAAACAUGAGGAAACUCCUACUCCUACUCAUGGUGCUGGCAAUUUGCGUUGCCAUGGUUACGGCGGGGAAGAAGGACCGGGAACGUAAAGAUAGACGCAGGGAGGGGAAGAAAGCGAGGCCUCAGGCCGAUGCGGCCCAACCCGAGAACCCACCAACCGAAGAUUCUCGUGCUCCAAAACACGAGCAGACGCCGACCCAACAGCCGUCCAACCAGCCUCAGGCCUCGGCCGACUCCCAGCGGCCCAGCCCCGCUGACGACCGCCCGAAUCCCCGCUGCAGCGAGUGGCGAUGGUCAGCGUGCGAGGUCCGCCACGGCAGGCCGUGCGGCAAGGGCGUGGAGCGGGCCACGCGGGACGGCGAGAACUGCAAGAAGAAGGAGCAAGUCCGGCCGUGUCGCGUGCCUUGCGAAGCGCAGGACCAAGGCACGGCUAGGACCGAAGGGGAAGGGAGGAGGAAAGGUGGCAACAACGGUGAGGGGCGAGACCGUGGGGCAAGCUCACAAGAGGGUGAAGAAAGGCAAAGGGUACCACCGAAACGACAACGGGAGGAAACCCCGCCAGCUCCAGAGGAAAACACUGAAAAGUGUAAAUACAACAAGAAGGACUGGACCGCAUGCGACGAGCAGACUAGUCUCCAAACCAGGCUCUACAUCUUGAAGAAAGGCGACCCGGCUACGUGCCCUGCCAAGAAAGUCAUCACCAAACCCUGCGAUAAGUACCAGCGACGGCUGGAGAACAAGAAUAAUUGCGAGUACGUGCUGGGACCGUGGAGUCUGUGUAACGUGACGAGUGACAUGCGUGAGCGGCACGACACACUCAUCGAUCAAACCAAGGAAUCGGUGGGCUGUCGUCUGGUGAGAGACAUCCACCAACGAUGCGCAGUCGCUUGUGUCUACGGUUGGGGUGAGUGGAGCGACUGUGACGAAGAAGCGGGAAAACGGUCGAUCACCGGUACCCUGGUGAGAGAGAAUAUAACUCCUGCUGAUUGUCAGGAAACCAUCGCACGGACUAAACCUUGCUACGGAAAGAACGGGACUGAAAAAUGCUUCUUCGGUCCAUGGAGCGGCUACGGCACAUGUGUCAAUGGCUUCAAGCUGCGCACACGGAAGCUGCUUGUGGGAGGCAGACGGUGUGAAUUGAGAGCUAGUCACGCCAUUCCAUGCAAAGGCUGAUAGUCAAGUCUAAGAGCGUGGAGCGCCAUCUCGUGACGCCAAAAAUCACACCGUCAUUAGAAAAUUCCCAAAAUUAACUUAAAAUGGUUUGCCAUACGCGAAAUUAGGACCAUACAUGACUAUAUUAUGCAGAUCCUAUUUUUAGAUACUGACAUCAUCAACCCUUCAGAUUUUUCCACGCUGGUGGCGCUGUUCAUUUUGGUGUGACGAGAGCAGCGUGUUUGAGGGAGACUUUAAGUAUCAUUUCGAUCGGAAUCGCGAGUAUUUUGUAACGAGAUUUCCACCUUCUUUUAAGAUUUUAUGUCACAUUAAUGAUUGUACAUAAUUAUAACAACGUAAUGUUCGCAAAGUUUUUGCUCUUGAACGUUUUUUUUGGUGAUUUUUCAGUCAAAUUUUUGGCCUGUUAUUUCGUGCCAUAUUAUUAAUUCUGUUUGUAUACCAUUUAUGUACAGAUAAGUUUUACUCAACGCAGUAGCAAAUUGUUAGUUUGAAAAGCAGACAAUUAAAAUAAGGUAUGUUUAAUGAGCAUUAUUCUUCAUCAUUUUUGCAAAUAUUGCAUUGAGUUAGCUUUCGCUCUCAUAUUAUUCAAGCCAGUGCGCAACAUGACCAAUUCAUUACGUACUGUGCGGGUACUAGAGAAUAUUGGACAGGAAAAGUAGUUAUCAUUAUAGUAGAAAGAUGCCAGCUAAAUAUUUUUAAAUAAUAGAGCAGAAACAGUAGUAUUAGACGGGCUAUGGGCUCAUUCCGCGACCACAACAAUUUUUUAAAGGCAUAGGAUCAUUUGCAUUUAUCCCAAAUUAACCUUUGGAAUUAUUAUCAAAAAGUUUUACUUUAGGCCAUAUUUGGAUUAAAGAUCGCACUGGUACUUCUGCACUGGAGUUAUUCCGUCUGGCCAUGGCUUGCUGUCAUUUA